AUGCCGUUCAUGACAGAGAGCCACCGCUGUCCGCUGUCCGACCCUAUUUCGGCCUCUAAGGCCACGAUGAGGCUCUUGAGGCCGGAGGACAACUUCGCUGAGACAUUGCGCUCGGGUGUGACCUCGGCCUUUGCCGAUGUGCCCACGGAAGAGGCCAUGAUUUUGGUCCUGCGAUCCACGAUCACAUCCAACUUCAAGUUUCGGCUUCUAAAGCUCUCCGACCCUGCGGCCUCCGCGUCUCCGCUGGCCACCUUGACGGGCCUCUCCGUGCUGGAUGGCCAGGGACCGUUGCCAAUGCGGCCCAUGUACUUCGACCCGCAGAGGAGCCAAUAUUUGGCCUUCGCCCAGCUGAACACUGGAGGACCGGGACCAGUCGACCAGAGCGUGUCGACCGAGGGGUACAUCGAAGUUCCACGCCAUGCCUGGCUUCAAGUGGAGAUCGAAGUGGCAUCUCCAACAACCGCAGUUUUGGCCUGGGAACCCGGUGAGAGUGGUGAGUCCAGCGGAGUUGGACUAGUCUAUGAGAUCUUGAUCACCCGCGAGUUGCUUUGCCACGUGAUGUGUCGCACCUGCUACGGGCCCAAGGACACGCAGUGCUUGUCCUGCAGGGAUGCCCGCAUGGCGCCCUGCGUGCUGCGCUGCUCCACUGGCCGCUUUGCACACCCCAAGAGCCGCCGCUGCCGAAAACCGCCCACAGCACCGGAAUCUGUGGUCAACACCACGGCCUUCGUCUUGGGACUCAGUUUGUCUGACGUCCGCGCCUACCGGCUGGAGCCUUUAAAGGAGCUCAACGGCAUCAUGCUUGAAGACUAUUUGCCGCAGAUGAUGGUAGAAGUGGUGUCACCCUUCCUCCUCAAGGAUGAGGCGGACGCCAUCUUGGUGGACUUGUGGUUCGGAGCUUUUGAGGUGCCCCUGGAUGAAGUCACCAGCUUCACCUGGGACGAGGUCCAUCCACCUUUGCCGCCUCUGCCGCUGGAGCCGUUUCUGCCGGUUUGGCUCUGGGGGCUCAUCACUUCAGCCUCCUCAGCGGUCGUGAUGUUGAUCCCCCUGUACUGCUGCUACUUCCGUCGUUUGUCCAGCACCCGGCGUAAGUACCGCCCAACCGCAGGGGUUGACCCCUCCUUCAUGGAGAAGGUGGUGGCACAGUCCGAUCCGCGCGUGGUGCGCCGCUUCGUGGCGCGGGAGGCCGGCGCGCAGCUGCUGAGGGACUCCGACUGA